ACCGGGCGGAGGGGAUCCUCGCCCAAUGACAGGGAAGAACAAACAUGGAGAACCCGCGGAGAUUUGAUCCCGAGUUCUAGAUCUAACGAGUUAUAAAUGAAGGCGCGGAUUGAUAAUGAUUCCCCAAACUGUCAGAAACAUCAGUUCUGCUGCAAAGACUCUCAGGAUUCAAGGAUGUAUAACCUGCCUCUACAAGAGAUUUUCCAUCAUGCCAUCUGGGCAGAAGAGUCUCCCCACUCGUUAUCUUGGGCAGCCCAGUCCUUUUACACACCCCCAUCUUCUCAAGACAGGUGAGGUCACUCCUGGGUUGACACAGAUAGAAUAUGCACUGCGUCGGCACAAACUGCUAAGCCUCGUCCAGAAAGAAGCCGAGACCUUAGGAUCUUCUGACCACGCCAUUAUUCUGCUGUCCCACCCCACAUACUACAUGACGAAUGACAUCCCAUUUUCAUUCCACCAGAACACAAACUUCCUCUACCUCUGUGGCUUUCAAGAGCCAGACAGCAUUCUGCUGCUCCACACUAUCCCUGGAAUGAGCCUGCCUUCCCAUAAAGCCGUCCUUUUUGUGCCAAGGAGGAACGAAAGCCGAGAGCUAUGGGAUGGCCCACGAUCGGGGGUAGAUGGUGCUGUUGCCCUGACAGGAGUGGAUGAGGCCUAUAAUAUGGCAGAAUUCAGACAAUAUUUGCAACAGUUCAAAGAUGAAGGGUGCACGCUGUGGUAUGACAAUGAGUCACCUGUCCACUCAGUGUUACAUUCAGACUAUCUGCAGCCCUUUGUAGAUAUCAAGACUAAGAGCAAGAAUGUGGUCAAACCGGUGCGGGUUCUUGUCCAGUAUCUGCGACACAUCAAGUCAGACACGGAGAUUGAACUCAUGAAGAUGGCUGCAAAGAUCACCUCAGAGGCAAUGAGCAGCACAAUGUUUUCAACCACAUCUCCAGUUAAUGAAUCCUAUCUUUAUGCAAAGUUUGACUUUGAGUGCCGAGCUCGAGGAGCAGAUCUCCUGGCCUAUCCUCCCGUUGUAGCUGGUGGCAAUCGUAGCAAUAUUCUGCAUUAUGUGAAAAAUAACCAGCUGGUUCAGGAUGGGGAACUGGUUUUGUUGGAUGGAGGGUGUGAAUAUUCUGGCUAUGUCAGUGAUGUCACUCGAACCUGGCCUGUUAAUGGAAGAUUUACAACGCCUCAGUCUGAGCUGUAUCAGGCCACCCUUGAUGUUCAUAAGUCCUGCCUGAGUCUCUGCACUCCUGGGAUCAGUCUGGAGAACAUCUAUGCUUUCAUGUUGAAUCAUCUGGGACAGAAGCUCAAGGACGUGGGAGUUCUGCAGGAGAAAUGCAAGGAUGAUAUUUACAAGACUGUUCGCAGGUACUGCCCGCACCAUGUAGGACAUUACUUGGGGAUGGAUGUCCAUGACACGCCAGAUAUCUCACGAUCUAUAGCCCUGCAGCCUGGCAUGGUGGUGACCAUCGAACCUGGAAUAUAUAUCCCAGAAAAUGACACCUCUGCUCCACCAAGGUUUCGGGGAAUUGGAAUUCGGAUUGAGGACGAUGUGUUGAUAACGGAUGAGGAGCCGGUUAUUCUUUCUGCUGACUGCCCGAAGGAAUUGCCAGAAGUAGAAAAGAUCCUGAACUGUCAUUAACAAGCAAAUCCUGAAAACCUCAUCAAUUCAUGAUAUUAUAAUGCGGGAAGUGACAGGGAAAGGUCACAAAUGAAUCCAACACUUUUGCUCAGUCAAUGAUGGCUCUGUGUGUAAGAAUGUCACCACCUUAUAGUCUGGUCUGUCCAAAUGUGUAAAACCACAGUAAUAUAUACACUGCAAGUUGGAAUUCCAAGCACUCAUGUAUUGUCUGAAGGUAGGAGCAAUGUUUGAAAUGGAUAGGAAAGGAACCAUUGCACCUGCCCCGUAAAAGCAAAGGAGUCUCGAAAUUCCCAGUAACCGCUGUCUACCAGUGAGCAUCCUUUUUUUUUCCCGGGGAACUGGACCACUAUAAUGUGAACCCAUCAGGAAAAUGUCCAUGUAUAGACUGUGAAUGAUAAAGUGAUCAGGCAAAGGUGGAUGAUAAAGCUUCUCGACUCUUAUGUGGAGUAACCUUGCCUCGAAUUAGUGUCAGAUGUCAGCUGGCCAAGAAGAUUGACAUCAAUCGACUCUUCAGGAAAAGUUAUUAUUAUGUAAAGACCUUUGUUAACAAUUCACUGAUAAUAUUGUUUCCAUGAAUGUCUGAACUUACCGAAUGUUUAAAUAUAAAGAACCCAACUAAGCAGGUACUGGAAAUCUGAAAUACAAACCAUAAAAUGCAGGAAAUAU